CCGGAAGUACAUCGUGUUGUUUUUCCGGCUGUAGCUUUCCACACAUUUUCUGUUCCAAGUAUCUUUUUGUUAACCCUAGAAAUCUAAUUUCCUUCCUUCUGUUGUUGUUUUUCUCCAACUCGUAGAGUGUUAAUGUUUCAGGAGAAGCUCAGCAGCAGGGCGGUGUCGUCUGUCCGCUGAGCUGCAGCAGGAAGCUAGCUAGCCCGUUAGCUUCUGGUAUCUAACCAGGACGAUUUUAAUGCUGGCUCCAUAACUGUGACACUGGGAUGAUCAAUGGCAGCUCGGCAGCCCUUCAUAGACACGGACACCGCGGAUGAAGCCGUGAGGGCGACCUGUGACGACGCAACCAUCUGUAAAAGGUUUGCUACCAGUAAAGGCUACUGGAAGGACUCGUGUCUUCAGUACUUUGUGAGAAAUGUAGGCGAGCGGAAGGCGCCUGAAAUCAACAGAGGAUACUAUGCCCGGGUUAAAGGGGUCAACCUUCUCCUUGAUGCAUUUCUAGAGAAAACAGAAGGUCACUGUCAAGUAAUCAACUUGGGUGCAGGCCUAGACACCACCUUUUGGAGACUAAAGGAUGAAAACUUGUUGCCACGGAAGUUCUUUGAAGUUGACUUUCCAACUGUUGUGGCCAGGAAAAUACACUCCAUAAAGACAAAACCACCUUUGUCCAAACCCAUCAUUGAUGUGCACUCCACCGACUCAUUACUGCUAGAGUCCCACGUCCUCGACUCGGAUCGUUACUGCAUCCUCGGAGCAGACCUUAGAAACAUCUCAAGCUUGGAUGAAAAACUGAAGAGGUUCCAGCUGGACCCAGAGUUGCCUACACUGCUCUUCUCAGAGUGUGUGCUGGUUUACAUGACUCCAUCACAGUCCUCCAACCUGGUUCACUGGGCUGCAGAGACCUUCCACACUGCCAUGUUUAUUAACUAUGAACAGGUGAACAUGAGCGAUCGAUUUGGCCAGGUGAUGAUUGAGAACCUGCAGAGACGCCAGUGCACACUAGCUGGAGUUGAGGUCUGUCAGUCUCUGGACUCUCAGAAGGAGCGUUUCCUGAAGACAGGCUGGGAGCAUGCCAAUGCUCUGGAUAUGAUGACGGUCUACGGUGUUCUCCCUCAGGAUGAUGUGGCAAGAAUGGAGCGUUUGGAGUUCCUAGAUGAGAAUGAGCUGCUGCAGCAGCUUCUUCAACACUACUGCAUCUGCUGGGCCACCAAGGACAAACUCAACCUGGGUCUGUCGCAGUUGGCGUUCUGACCCAGAUGGGUUUGCCACAAUCAGCAGGAGAAGAUCCAACCCAGGAGGCAGCACGAAAAGGAAGCCGUUUGUUCUGCUUCAGCUUCUCACCUGGGAUUGUUGAGAUGCUAGAACUCAUGACAUCAGCAUUAUUUGAUUUCAUGUAGAAGCCAGUUUGAGUUUCAGGUGGAGACACCAGCAGGUCUGUGAGGAAGAUUGUUGUAACACUGGUACCAGAAAAAUGAAACACGAAUAUUUGAGGUUCAAAUGUUCUUACAGAGUCUGUUCAUCUGAUGGAAAUUAAACACAGAGAUGUGAAGAAUAUCA